GCCGCUGCCGCUGCAGCCGCCGCCUGCUUCGCCUCGUCAGCUGCGCUCGGGGCGUCGUCUCCCCCUCCCGGCGCCUGGGCUGGGGGCCGGGUCAUGUCCCGAAAGCAGGCAGUGAAGAGCCGGCCGGGCAGCGGCCGGAAGGCCGAGGCGGAGCGGAAGCGGGACGAGCGCGCGGCUCGGAGAGCCCUGGCCAAGGAGCGGCGGAACCGGACGGAGCCCGGCGCCGGAGGCGAGGAAGAGUUCGUCAGCUUCGCCAACCAGCUGCAGGCCCUGGGGCUCAAGCUGCGCGAGGUGCCGGGCGACGGCAAUUGUCUGUUCCGAGCUCUUGGUGAUCAAUUAGAGGGACAUUCACGAAAUCAUCUCAAACACAGACAGGAAACUGUUGACUAUAUGAUAAGACAGCGGGAUGAUUUUGAACCCUUUGUGGAGGAUGAUGUUCCCUUUGAGAAACAUGUUGCCAGUUUGGCAAAAGCUGGUACUUUUGCUGGAAACGAUGCAAUUGUAGCCUUUGCAAGAAAUCAUCAAAUGAAUGUUGUUAUUCAUCAGCUCAAUGCCCCUUUGUGGCAGAUUCGUGGUACGGACAAAGCCAACGUCAGGGAGCUGCACAUUGCAUAUCGCUAUGGCGAGCACUAUGACAGCGUUCGGAGAAUCAAUGAUAAUUCAGAAGCACCUGCCCAUCUUCAGACAGACUUUCAGAUGCUUAAUAAAGAUGAAUCAAAUAAGAGAGAGAAGAUUAAGCCAAAGGAGGAUGACUUUGAAGAUGACUUGAAAGAUGAAGUAGAAGAUGCUGUACAGAAAGUUUGUAAUGCAACUGGAUGUUCAGAUGUUAAUUUAAUAGUUCAGAACCUAGAAGCUGAGAAUUACAAUAUUGAAUCUGCAAUACUAGCAAUGGUACAGAUGAACCAGGGGAAGAGAAACCCACAAUACCUUUCUUUGGAUGAAGCAGAGGAGAAACCGGAGAUCUAUGGAAGAGCUCAGAAACAGCGUGGCUCCAUAUGGGAGGAGGGUGGCAGUGGAAACAGAAUCUUUGGAAGUCAAAGCUUAAGUGAAAGUGGAAAUGAAAACAAUAAAACACAGACCAGUCCUGUUGGAGAAAACAAAACAAGUAAAAGCCAGCCUCUAAAGGUAACAAAUAAACAAAAGAAAGAGCAGCAGCGCCUGGAAAAGAAGAGGCGCCAGGAGGAGCGACACCGUCAGAAAGCACAGGAGAACAGGAGUAACAACACUGAUAACAAUCGCAGUGAGGCAGAUGCUAGUGCCCAGGUCACCUUGGUGAAGACCUUUGCUGCCCUCAACAUCUGACUGGUCUUGGUGUCUUUUAAAACAAUAAGCUGAUGGAAAAUGGAUUGCUGAAUAGGAAAUAGACUAAGCUUUCUGAUAAGGCCAUCAUUAAAAAACACACACACAAAGAAAGGAAAAAGCUUACAGAACAUAUACAAACACAUUAGUUUGUCCCUAGCUCUUUUUAAUUUAGCAUUUCAUCAGUGAUGUGUUCUUUUGUUGUUUUGACCACAUGUGCAGUAAAAAUCACCUGUAAAACUCAAGAACUUAGGAAUGGUUAAUUAGGUCAGUGGAACAUUUUAAGUGUGGCUCUGCUCUCCCUGAUAGUGAGUUCAAAGGUUAUGGACUCUUUCCUUAAUAUUUGGGGUGAGUUUUGCUGUAUUGUUCACAAAUUAAUUCAAGUUGGUAGUUUCAGUUUUAGAAUGACAAGCCUGUUUUCCUCCCCUUGUUUUUAUGCAGACAUUAAUAUACAGGGUAGUUUGCAAAUGAUCUCCAACUCAGGAACAAGUUUAGACUUUUAUUUUCUUCUGAUCCUAAUUGCAUAGACAAAAAUUCAGGAACUGUUUUUCCAAAGCUGUAUAAUAUAGGGACAGAUGGGGCCUAUAGUCAGGGUGAAAAAUCAGAUAAUUUAGAUUUCUCCCCCUCUUGGAUUUUAAUAUUGAGUUUCAACCUGAACCAGGUGCUUUUCACGUCUAGUUGUACUCAAGCCAUAUGCUAGCUAAUGCUUCUGACUGUUAAAGAGGGAAGAAAGAAAAAGCAGAAGUGUUGACUUCAUGGGUACCCAUUUCUUUGAAAUGGAAAAGAUUGCCUUAUUGUUUACAAGACAUUUCUGAAACUUUGGACAUGACUGGAACAGGGUUUUCUUCUCUUUCAUAGUAAUGAAGGGGAUAUCAAGAAAUUCCUGACCUGAUGUCUGAGAAGAACCUGCCUUCAAAGGGAUUCUUUAUGUGUAGGACUGUUUUUAUAAAGGGAGAACCAUACUUGUUAGGAAGAAUGAUUUUUGUUUUUGUUUUUUCCCCUAAGUUGACAUUCUAAACAUCUCAGAUUUCUUCCCUUCCAUUUUAGAUUUGGAAAGCUGCUAUCAAAGAUGUCAAGGAAACUUAACUGUGUUGGUCCAUGAAUUAAAAUUUCUUUAGUGUCAUGGAAAUCAAAUUCCUUGUAAUAAUGAACUUAUUUCUCAUUCUUGGGAUUUUGAUAGUAGAAAAAACUCACUGCACUUGUCAUUGUGGAUCAUGGGUCAGAACAGAUAUCUCAGCUAAGGUCCUUAAACUCUGAUUCUGAAAUUGCAUAGCAGGGUUUGAGCAAUUUGAGCAUGUUUUCUCAGGAUUCUUAGCUUGUGUGAAAGAACACUUUCCUAUUUGGGAAUGUUUGUGUGUAUGGUGUCUAAUCUUCAAAUUUUGACUGGUUUGUGUGAAAACAAUACUUGAUGAGUCAUAAGUUAUAUUAUGAAUUGAUUUCCCAUUUAAAAAAGUGAUCCCAGUUGUAAAGAUUCCCAGAAAGGAGACCUAUAAAAGCAAUAUUUGAAUUGUAUAGCUAUUGUUGUCUGGGCUGGCCCUGGAUUCAUGAAAUUAUCUUUUUAGCAGCAGCAUUUAUGCUUUCUUUGGUUUGAAUGAUGUAUUUUGAUUUUUUUGUCUCCAUUUUGAUGACCUUUUGAUUGGAACAUUAACAUUUUUCUGGGAUUGUUCCCAGGACAUUGUGGUUUGGGAUUUUUCCAGAGUACAGAUUGUAAUAUUUAUCAGGUUUCUUAAACAGCUAGGUGGAGACAGACCAUGCAUACUGGUCAGUAGUUUUUUUUUCUCUUCUGCAUAUUGUAGAAUCCUUUGGGUUGAGAUAGUCUCCAUUAUUUAGCAAAUGAUUCCUUUUGUCUUGGAGAGCUACCUUUGAGUGCUUCUGAACACUUUUAUAAACAUAAUUUAGGAUGGUUACUCUAUUGGUGUUCAUCUCCGGGCACGUUCCUAAUUGGGACCAAGCUUUUUCUGAAUGAGCUGUCUUUCUGUUCUGUUGGGUUUGUGCUUCUCCGUGACAGCAGACAAAGGAGAAUGGGCCCCAUCAGAAAGAAUGAGAAGAAUGACGUGAACAUGAAAUUCAGCAUUCUUAAUCAGAGGUAACUGAAGGGACCCAUCGUAGGAAAUGUUGGAGGAUACUACCUCUUGCUUCAUUGGUCACUGUUAGUGGUCAAGAGGAGCUUGUCUAUCUCUAGGAAUUUGGGAGGCACUAUAAAGAUUAAAGAGCAUUUAUUUUGUCAUAUCUUCUUGUUUUUAGGAUUGAGUAAUUUAUAAUCCACAAAAUUUCUGGGAUUAAAUGAUAGUGGCUCUGUUCAUCAACUAGCUACUUAAUUGAUUGGUGUCAUUGUUUUCUUUCACAUCUUCAGUUCUAAAUUGAUGCUGUUUCCGUGCUAACUUUUAGGAAUUGGGGAUAUGGAUUUUUAUCUUAGUCGUCAUCAUUUAGUUUAAGAUUUGAUUUAAGAAUUUAUUGCCUCAGUUACCCAUAAAGCAGGAUAAAUGAAAUCCAUGGAUGUACCUUGAAAGGGCUUUUAUAUUGGUAUGCAGUCACAAUUUGGAAAGCUCUGUAUUUUUAAUAUCUGAUAAGACCACAUUGGUGGCUGCUAGCCUAGUCAGGGUCACCUAUUUGAAUCAUGAUUAGGAAUUGAAUCUCUUUUAAACUUCCAUGUCAUUGGGACAUUUAGUGUUAAAUGGACUUUUCCCUGAAUACUCUUACUGCAGAGAAAAGAAGGGAGCACUCAAAAGCUCUGUGGUAGUUUAAUUAGUAGCACUACAUUUAUAAAGUUUUAAAGUAAUUUUUCAUAUUAGGAUAGGAGGGUGAAAAAACCCUCAUUGGUGGCUGCUGAAUCAGGGAGAAAUGUUUAGGUCAGACCAUUUCUAUUUAGUACCCCUAGAAGCCACCAGAAUGGAUUGUGGAAUUCAAUUUUCUGUGUGUGUGUGUGUGUGUGUGUGUGUGUGUGUGUGUGUGUGUGUGUAAAAGCGUAAUACUCUUUUGACAAACUGAAUCUAUGCUUUCAGGUAUGAUCUCUGGGUGAGGAAGUUGUGGCAAAAACCCUUAACCGCUAGUUGAGGACCAUCUAGAGUUUCUUCCAUAAGCACAGAAAACAUUUCCAUAGCUCUCUUGGCAUCUGUCACUGUGUGACCUCUCCUGUGGAGCAGCUAGACCUGGGCUCAGGAGAAGCUGGAAUGUAGGUAAUUGCUAAUGCUCUGUUAAUGCUACUCUAGGGAAGCCGUUACCUGUGAAAGUGCAGUUGAAGAGGGGAAACCUUUUGUGAAUGAGUUAAAUGGGCUGUGUUGCUGUCCUGGGCAUUCAGCAAGCAAGCCCCCAUUGUAAAUAUGCCCUAACAUCCCCUUUGAACUAAUAUGGUAGAUCUUGAUGCCACUACUGCAGCAUUUCUAGUUUAGGGGAACCUCCCUAGGCCUUGCCUGGGUUUUACCAGGUCAACAAUAGUGAUCUCAGUUCACCAUUCCUGAAAUGCUAAAUUCUAAUGAAACUUUUGAUCAUUUUCAAAACAGUAAGUAAAGAAAUAUACAUGUGGAUCCUGAGGCAGAAGUAACCUCAGAAAGGCAUGCUUGCCAACUAGAGAUGAAUAGUGCAUUCUAAUAGAGAUGAAUAGUGCAGUUCAUUGCAUAUAUAGUCUUAGUUCUUCCCCAUUUUUGGAGUAGAAGUACAGGUGUGCACAUUUUGGCCUCGGGGCACCGUUCAUUUCAAAGUUUUUAACUACAGAAACUAUACAGUUUGCCUAUGUAUUGUUGGCCUUAGUCAUUUCCUAGUGUUAUUCAUCUCAGACUUCCUAGUAGAUAUCAUUCCAAAUCAGAGAGCUUCAUACAGCCAUGCUGACACGGAUGGCAUCAUUGAUUAAUAGACAUCACUUUUUAUAGAGAUGUCUUCCUGCAAAGUUGAAUUUUUUUUACUGACAAUUCUAAAAUUUAAGUUUUGUCCCUAAGUUGUGAUAACAACUCACAUUUAUGUAAUGCUUUAACAAAGUAUUUUUCCCACAACAACCUUGUGAGCUUGGUAGUGCAGGUGUUAGCCAUAUUUUACAAAUGAGGAACCUGAGGCUUGUUCACAGUCACAUAGCUAAUAAUUGUCAGAGACAGGAUUUGAACCCAGGUCUAUUGACUCCAAAACCAGCACUCUUUCUAUAACACCAUGCUGCCUAAUGCUGAAAAUAAUCAGAAUCCCUUUACAAUCAUAUGUUUAAAUGAAAGAUGGCGAAUUUCUCAGAACAUAAGAAGAUUGAAAAUAAGUCACAAAGUGCAAAUAUGGUUCUCUAUCUCAAAAUGUAAACCUUGAAGAUAGAGCCAGAUGAGAGAUGUAUGCUUUGUCUGUUUCCUGGAUGUUUAUGUUCAGAUAUUUAGUAGUGUGGGUACCAAUUUUGGAAACUUGUUUCCACAGGCAUAAACUUCUAUAUAACAAAUUGCUUUUAAGCUGGUGAUACACCAGUGAUACCGAACCUUUUAUCCUCCCUCUCACCACCUCCCCACGCCCCUGUUAGCUGACUUUGAUCAGGGUUGGUAGGAGUAGAAGGUAAUUUACCACUGGAUGAUGAUUCAGUGGUCCACGUGAAGUAGAUUGGCAGGUCUAAUGCCAGUUCUUAUUAGGGAGUAUCCUAAAGAUUACUUGUAUGAUUUCCUUACAAUAAUUUGAACUUGGACAUGGAGACCAAACUACUGUUUGUUCCUCUGGCUGCUCUGUUUGUUAGAGCCUCUGAUGUGGAAGUGUUUGGGUGUGAACCUUAUGAUGUUCUGCCCUUGCUUCCCCUUUUUCUGUGGAUUAAAGGGCAUCUGGUUUCCCUGGCUAUCCAUCUGGUAUACUUCAACAGCCAUACAUUCACAAAAGAGAAAGGAGAGAGGUGAAUUGUCAUCUCAAGCCUGCCUGCCCUUGGGUCUCCAGCCAUGGUGCUGGCGUACCAGCAUGCCCUUUAAAAAGGGUGUGAAUGCCUGUUGAUGUACGAGGGGCCUUCUCUUUUUUCAGAUUGCACUACACUUGUUCUAGCUUCAGUUUGGAGAUAUUUAAGACCUCCAUGGGGUCAUGAUCCAUAGACUUAGCAAGUCUUGCCUUAUCUAUGGAAAUUGAUGAUGAGAAACAUGUCCUAGAGUCUAAUGUCUGUAGUUUACACCCCAAAGUGUUUUUUUCAGAUUCUGUCGAUCUAAGCCUUUUUUAUUUUUAAUUUACCAAAGUACUGUACUUGGCUAUUUGCAGUGUUUUCAAACCAAAUGUUUCUGUUUUGUGUUCUUACUUUUAAAUUCUUGGUGCAAUAGAAGCUGCAAAGAUGUGCCACUUUAUCUAUGAAAAUGGAGUUUUGUAUUCUGAUGAAAUCUAGAUUAAAAACCAACUUUAAAGUUG